UUGGUCUUCCAAAAGUGUGGCAGAGUGAAUGUCAUGGGGAAGGCGAAGCGGCCUGGGGCGCGGAGGCAGGCCCACAAAACGCCCGCAGGGGCGUUCGGAGGCCCGGCGAAAGCUAACCCAAACCCAUUUGAAGUGAAAGUCAACAGGCAGAAGUUCCAGAUCCUUGGCAGGAAGACGCGCCACGAUGUGGGCCUGCCCGGGGUGUCCCGUGCCCGGGCCAUCAAGAAGCGAACCCAGACUUUAAGGAGAUACAAAGAAAGGAACAAGUCCAAUGUAUUUACAGAUAAACGCUUUGGAGAGUACAAUAGCAACAUAAGUCCAGAGGAAAAGAUGAUGAAGAGGUUUGCUCUGGAGCAACAGCGACAUCAUGAGAAAAAAAACAUCUACAACCUAAAUGAAGAUGAAGAACUGACUCAUUAUGGCCAGUCUUUGGCUGACAUCGAAAAGCAUAAUGACAUUGUGGAUAGUGACAGUGACACUGAAGAACGAGGAACAUUGUCUGCUGAGCUCACUGCUUCCCACUUUGGUGGUGGGGUCCACAAGAGCACCUCUCAGAAGGAAGAUGAGGAUGGGACAAGCCAAAGUCACGGAAAAGAACUGAUUGAAGAGCUCAUCGCAAAGUCAAAGCAAGAGAAGAGGGACAGACAGGCUCAACGAGAAGAUGCUCUUGAGCUCACAGAGAAGCUAGACCAAGACUGGAAAGAAAUCCAGACUCUCCUGUCACGUAAAUCUCAGAAGUCAGAGAACAAAGAGAAAAAGGAAAAACCGCAGCCGGAUGCAUAUGACAUGAUGGUUCGUGAGCUUGGCUUUGAAAUGAAGGCGCAGCCCUCUAACAGAAUGAAAACGGAAGAGGAAUUGGCAAAGGAAGAACAAGAGCGGCUCAGGAAAUUGGAGGCUGAAAGACUUCGAAGAAUGAUUGGAAAAGAUGAAGAUGAAAAUAAAAAGAAACCAAAACAUACGUCAGCAGAUGAUUUAAAUGAUGGCUUUAUACUAGAUAAAGACGAUAGGCGUUUGCUUUCUUACAAAGAUGGGAAGAUGAACAUUGAAGAUGUCCAGGAAGAGCAAAGCAAGGAAGCCGGUGCCCAAGAGAGUGACCAGAAAGAGGGUGAAGAAGAUGAGAGUGAUGAGGAAGAGAGUGAAGAUGAAAGCAGGGAGGACGAGGAAGGAAGUGAUGGCCCCGACAGCCACUCAGACCUAGAAUCCAGUGGAGACAGUGAGGAGGAAAGUGAGAAGCCAAAGAAGGAGCAGCAUCAGACUCAUGGGGGGAAAUUGCCAAGUGAUGGUCAGAAAGCUCAAAAUGCUGCUGGAACUGAGCUGCCCUAUGUCUUUACAGUUCCUGAAUCCUAUGAGGAUCUGAGGUUUUUAAUAUCAGGAAGACCAACGGAAGAACAGCUUUUGGUGGUGGAGAGAAUUCAGAAGUGCAACCAUCCAAGUCUCGCAGUAGGAAACAAAGCAAAAUUAGAAAAAUUGUUUGGCUUCCUUUUGCAAUACGUAGGAGAUUUGGCUACAGACAGUGCACCAGACUUCAAGACCAUCGACAAGUUGGUUGUGCAAUUAUAUAAUCUUUGCCAAAUGUUUCCUGAAGCUGCAAGCGAUUCCAUCAAAUUUGUUCUCCGAGAUGCCAUGCAUGAGAUGGAAGAAAUGAUUGAGAACAAAGGCCGAGCAGUGUUUCCAGGGCUGGAUGUGCUCAUUUACUUGAAAAUCACCAGCCUAUUAUUUCCAACCUCUGAUUUCUGGCAUCCAGUUGUGACCCCUGCCCUGAUGUGCAUGAGCCAGAUCCUUACUAAGUGUCCAGUCCUGUCCCUGCAAGACGUGAUAAAAGGCCUGUUUGUGUGCUGCUUAUUCUUGGAAUACGUGUCUCUGUCUCGGAGGUUCAUCCCUGAGCUUUUAAAUUUUCUUCUUGGGAUUCUUUACAUAGCAACUCCAAAUACACAGAGCCAAGGUUCCGCUCUGGUGCACCCUUUUAGAGCACUUGGAAAGAAUUCGGAAUUGCUCGUGGUCUCUGACAAAGCAGAUGUGGCCACCUGGCAGAGGGAAAGCAUUCCCUUGCACUGGGCAAGUAGAUUGAGCACCCUGACAGCCACUGAAGCCAAUCACACCAGACUGUCCUGCCUGGCCUCGUGUCUGGCCCUGCUGAAGCACUGUGUACUCAUGUACAGUGCAUUGCCGUCCUUCCAUGCCAUCACCAGGCCCCACCAAGCCCUCCUGACAGAGCAUCUUAUGGGCUGUAGCCUCCCCCAAGAACUUCAGGAGCUGUCUCAAAGCAUACUGUCAGAAAUGGAAAGCCAAAAACAGCACUUCCAGCCACUCAUCUGUGAGAAGAGCAAGCCUGUCCCACUAAAGCUGUUCACCCCCCGGCUAGUCAAAGUGCUCGAGUUUGGACGGAAACAAGGCAGCAGUAAGGAAGAACAGGAAAGGAAGAGAUUAAUCCACAAACACAAGCGAGAAUUUAAAGGUGCAGUCCGGGAGAUCCGAAAGGACAAUCAGUUCCUGGCCAGAAUGCAGCUCUCCGAGAUCAUGGAACGGGAUGCAGAAAGAAAGCGCAAAGUAAAGCAGCUUUUCAAUAGCCUGGCUACGCAAGAAGGUGAAUGGAAGGCUCUGAAGAGGAAAAAGUUCAAAAAAUAAAUUGUUUUGUAAAUGUAAAUAAAGGAAACAUUGUGUGUUGGGGGUGCGGGGGCAAUGUGGAGUGUAGGAUCCCAUCUAUCCCCUGUUAAAAUGUUAAAAUGGCUUCCAGUGACAGAGUGAGCUCAGAAACAUGCUCUUUAAUGAUAGCUACAACACUGAAUGACAUUUUGGGCAGUUGUCCCAUAAAUCUGUGACAAGCUAUCACAAUUUGGGUAAGUACACCAGUGUUCACAUCAAAGUCGCCUACUUGCACACUUCUCAGAUCAUCUGCCACACAUGGCAGAAUGUAACUGAAUCAUUAUGUCCAGAUGAGCCCUUGUCACCAGUGGCUUCCCAG